GUACGGCGGAACUAAUCUGGUGACGCCUGCGCUUUAGUCAAGCGGUGCCGGGGGAAGGGAAACUGGGUCCUGCAGCAUGCGUCACACCCGGAAGUGAAAGGACGGAAGUGGGGUUGGACAGGUUAUCCCCAGGGGUGGGGAAGCAGAGGCCCUGGAGGAAGGAGGGGGGAGAAAAAGAAGCCAGAGUAUUCUGGCCACUACUCCGAAUCGUGUACCGGAUCUCUUAGAUCUCAGAGGCGCAGAAAAAGGGAAGGGUGUCUCAUCCCGCUUCCUCGCUUUUCGCUUUAGCCAUGGCGGAGGCAGGAGCCGGGCUGAGUGAGACCGUCACUGAGACAACGGUUACCGUGACAACCGAGCCCGAGAAUCGGAGCCUAACCAUUAAACUGCGGAAACGGAAGCCAGAGAAGAAGGUGGAAUGGACGAGUGACACUGUGGACAAUGAACACAUGGGGCGCCGCUCAUCAAAGUGCUGCUGUAUUUAUGAGAAACCUCGGGCCUUUGGUGAGAGCUCCACCGAGAGUGAAGAGGAUGAAGAGGAAGGCUGUGGUCAUACGCACUGUGUACGGGGUCACCGCAAAGGACGGCGUCAUACAACCCCAGGACCCACCCCAACCACUCCCCCACAGCCUCCCGACCCCUCUCAGCCCCCUCCAGGACCUAUGCAGCACUAAAUCCCUCUCCCUGUUCAUAUAUCUGCCUGGUCCCAAAUGUAUCCAUCUGGCUACAUGGGGAUUUAACCCAUGGUCUGAUCCCUUCUCCUGCCCCCUCCUUCCCUCUCCUGCCUGAUAGAGAAGAGGAAGAGGAGGGUGGAUAGAGAUCCUGGAAUUCUGACUUGCUGCUGUUCCAGAACCCAGGCUUCUGGGUUCUCCCAGCCUCGUUUUCCCUACAGUCCCCCCUCCCCAACCCCCGUGCCUGGAAUCCAGGCAUCUUGGUCUCAGUUUGUCCCAUUUGUUCUCACUGCCAAACUACCUGUCCUGGGAUCCAGUUAUCUUGGCCACCUGCACCCUUAGCUUGAGUCCCAAGCUCUUAAACUGGGUUUUCAACAGUCCCAGCUCUCACUGCCAGGACCCCACUCAGAUUCCAGGCAAUCUUGCAUCCCAGCUCUGCAUAUAAUCCUGGCUUACAGUUCUUCCCCUUAUGCAGUUAUCCUAAGUCUUAGUCCUUGCCUGUGGGAUCCAAGGAUUUAUGGAGACCAGACCAUAGGGUUCCCCAGCCCUUCCGCUCCUACAUACCCCUUCUGGCCCUCAAAAGGAGUUAGGAGAGGUCUUUGUCAGUCACAUCUAUAAUGGAAAGUGGACCCCAAAAUAGUCAUGACCUGAAUAUAACAUUUCUGACAAGGCUGGCUGAGACCAGUGACUUAGAGCCAAUGAUUUUCUCAACCUUUAAUCUUUGAGCUUCAGCACUGUUGUCCAAGGGGCCUGGGUCUCUAAAAGGAAAGAGGGAGAGAGCAAAGAGAUAAGAACAGGCCCCUGCAGAGCACUCCUCCCUUUCCUGCCUAGGCUUUGAUGUCUACCAACCCAGGUGUCUUGCUCUCUCAGCCCUCCCCCCUGGUGCUGGGAUUGUCCUCCAGGCCUCCAGCUGUGCACAGUACGAGAUCAGCAAAGCCCAUGCCACCACUGAGAUCUCAUUUAUUGCCACAGAUGCACAAAAUAAAUAACCUAACAUUA